AUGGACCACGCGCAACUCGCCGCCCAAACCUCGACGUCCAUGCCCUCGGAGCUUGUGCUUCGGGGCAGCUCGGCGCUCAUAGAGGCCUUUGAGGGCAUUGCCUACGGAUCAAUUGCUGGCAUUGUUGGAAAAUACAUCGAGUACCCCUUCGACACGGUCAAGGUACGACUGCAAAGCCAACCCGACCAUCUGCCUCUCCGGUAUACCGGUCCCCUCGACUGUUUCAGACAAUCGUUCAAGGCCGAAGGCUUCCCGGGCCUCUACCGCGGCAUCAGCGCCCCGCUGGUUGGAGCCGCCGCCGAGACCAGCAGCCUCUUCCUGUUUGAGAGAGUCGGGCGCGAGGCCCUGUUCACGACCGGCCUGGCGUCGCGGGACAAGGGCCUCUCCGUGCCGGCGCUAUGGGCCACCGGCGCAUUCUCCGGCGUUUGUGCCUCCUUCGUCUUGACCCCCAUUGAACUCGUCAAGUGCAAGGUCCAGGUGCCUCAGCACGCGGACGGUGCGGCCGCCCCGGCCAUGCGGCCGCUCGCCGUCGUGCGCAGUGUGUUUCGCCACGAAGGGCUGCGGGGGUUCUGGCACGGCCAGCUGGGAACGCUCAUCAGAGAAGGCGGCGGGAGCGCGGCCUGGUUCGGCGCCAAGGAGACGGUCACGUCGCUGUUUUACAGCGUCAAGAUCCGCGCGGCCAAGUCUCUGGACGAGGCCAAGGGCAUCAAGGCCGAGCCGUUGCCGCUUUGGCAGCAAGCGGUCGCCGGGGCGUCGGCCGGUGUUUCCUACAACUUCCUCUUCUUCCCUGCCGACACGAUCAAGUCUCGCAUGCAGACGAUUGCUGUGGGCGCUCUGGCACAGAGGCGUACAUUCUGGGACGAGGGCCUCGCCGUCUGGCGUCAGCACGGGGUGCGUGGCUUCUAUCGCGGGUGUGGUAUCACUUGUCUGCGGUCGGCGCCCAGCUCUGCGUUCAUCUUUAUGGUUUAUGAUGGGCUGAAGAGGAGCUUUCCCCUCCAGUAA